CUGUGGCCAAUCUCGCGCCUCCAUUGGCUGCACAUCACCAACCGCGGUCCUCGCAGGUUCCGGAGCCCGGUUUAAAGGUGUCAGGCGCGCACCAGACCAGUCUACCGUCUGCCUUGAAAGUCAUCUGCCGACCGGCCCGCCCCCGGGCGUUAGUGAAAGGCGCUCUCCGCCGCUCCCACCGCCCCCUGUCCCUAAUGUACUAUGCGGUUUCUCAGGCGCGUGUGAACGCGGCUCCUGCGACCAUGUUGCGGCCACAGCGGCCCGGAGACGUGCAGUUCGGGGCCUCGCUGUAUGAGCUGGUGGGUUACAGGCAGCCACCCAUCUCGUCCUCCUCAUCCUCGUCCUCCUCUUCUUCCACCGCGUCCCUCCUCCCCAAGGUUAUGCGCGAGAAGCCAGAAGCGCCACUCGCCGAGCCUCUGGGAACAGCGCCGGAGUCCGGGGGCGCCCGGGCGGACGCCAAAGAGGAGCAGCAGCAGCAGCAGCUGCGACGCAAGAUCAACAGCCGCGAGCGGAAGCGCAUGCAGGACCUGAACUUGGCCAUGGACGCGCUGCGUGAAGUUAUCCUGCCCUACUCUGCGGCGCACUGCCAGGGCGCGCCUGGCCGCAAGCUCUCCAAGAUCGCCACGCUGCUGCUCGCUCGCAACUACAUCCUGCUGCUGGGUAGUUCGCUGCAGGAGCUGCGCCGAGCGCUCGGCGAGGGUGCGGGGCCCGCCGCCCCGCGCCUGCUCCUGGCCGGCCUGCCCCUGCUGGCCGCCGCGCCCGGCUCUGUGCUGCUGGCACCCGGCGCCAUGGGGCCCCCCGAAACACUGCGUCCCACCAAGUACCUGUCUCUGACGCUCGACGAGCCACCGUGCGGCCAGUUCGCUCUCCCGGCUGGUGGCGCAGGUGGCCCCAGCCUCUGCUCCUGUGCUGUGUGCAAGUUCCCGCAUCUGGUUCCCACCGGCCUGAACUUGGCAGCAGUGCAGGCUCAGUUCUCCAAGUGAGGGCCGGCUGGGCCCCGGGAGGGGUGCAACCUCAGCCAAUCUUUCUGCGCCCUGGCGUCUUGGAUCUAGGGAGAGCUGGCUCCAGUAAGGAGGACAUUUCCAGACUUCUCGCCUAGACGACAGACUGUAGGGCGCCUUCAUCCCCGCCCCCACUCCCUGGCAAUUAAAGUGACCCAAGCGGGUGUUUCAAGGAGCGACGCAGUUGCUAGAUGGAUCGUACUUGUUUAGAGCCAGAAGUCAUUGCACUCCCACCUUAAGCUAACCCAGUGGAGGAGGGGAGGUGACCUCCGGUCUCUUCCUG